UGUGGGUAGGAAGGUUGUGAAUGAAGCUGCGGGGCUUAGGGCAGGGAUGCUGUGGCGCUGAUCCAGCCCUGGCUCAGCACCGAGCAGGUGGCCUGUAACAGGCAGGCUUUGUUACCUCCGAGCUUUCUCCCAAACUCAUUCAGACCCAAGACCACGUGUCUGAUGAGUAAGGAAUCCUGUUAUUUCCCUUCCCCAAAGGGAAUAUUGGCAGAACAGGCUCUUUGGGGAUGUGCCUGUGUGCAGAGAGCAGCCAUCUCAGGGGAACUCCGGUAAGCUGGCGUGGCCCGAAGGCCACUGAAUAAGUCGUUAGAAGCUGGCACGGCUGGUUCCCAUUUCCGCAUUCCAGACACCCACAGCGCAGGAGGAGGCACCACCCCAGGUCGGCCUAGGGAGCUGGGGCAGGUGGCUCUUGCCUAGGGAAAACCUGGGACAGGAGCCACACCUGGGGCCAACCUAGUAGCCACCUUCCUGGAGUGUGAUCACGGCUGUGUUCCGGGACUCCUGGUGCAUCACCUUUGACCUUGCCCUUUGACCUUUGGCCUUGGCUCUUGUGAGACCUGCAAAGGUGCACUAGGAUCCAGCAUGGCUGGGAAGAUGUCUCCACCACCCACAGCCCAUGGCCUGCAGCUUCUGCUCUCUCUGCCCCACUGAGCCACCGCAUCUGGAGCCCUCUGGAUGACACCUGCCUCCUGAGGCUGCAACUGUGCCGCUGUCCACAGCGAUGGUGAAGAACUGGACUCUACAGGCUCACAACCUUCAAGUGCACUUUCGAGGGCCAGCACCCUUUGCCCCAGGACUGGCGGGCCUGAACAAUGGUUGAAAGCCAGGGGACCCCAUAGAGUUGUACCUCAGCUUCCAGGGGCAGCAACACUCCCGCGCCCGAGGACUAUGACCACCUAUCGGCCUCUUCCUAAUGAUGGUGUGGACCUGGCAGCCAGCUGUGGGGCCAGGAGCACCGAUAUCCUCCCUGGGCCCCACCCUGGGGACUACACUCCCAUGGGAUUCUGGGCCCAGAAUGGCAGCAUGUCCCAGCCUCUUGGUGAGAGCCCAGCUACUGCCACUACCCGCCCUAGCCCCACCACCCCCGCCAUGCCCAAGAUGGGAGUGCGUGCCAGAGUGGCUGACUGGCCACCCAAGCGAGAUGCCCUGAGAGAACAGAGCAAUCCCAGCCCCUCACAAGACACAGAUGGUGUGAAGACCACCAAAGUAGCCCACUCCAUGAGGACCCUACAGAAUGGACAGCUCCCCUCCAGCACCCCGGCUCCCUCAGGAUCCAGAGCCUUCCAUCGACUGUCCAGGAGAAGGUCCAAAGAUGUAGAAUUCCAGGACGGGUGGCCCCGGUCCCCUGGCCGGGCCUUCCUCCCUCUGCGACAUCGGAGCAGCAGCGAGAUCACCCUCAGUGAGUGUGAUGUAGAGGAACCAGGAGACCCACGGGGGACCCGGCACCCAGGGGUGCUGCCCCUCUUCCGAGAGUAUGGCAGCACGUCCUCCAUCGAUGUGCAGGGUGUACCAGAGCAGAGUUUCUUUGACAUCCUCAAUGAGUUCCGCAGCGAGCAGCCAGAGGCUCGGGGCUCCCAGAACCUCAGGGAGCUCCUGCAGGUGGAUCCCGGCGCCCUCUCAGGGGGCAGCUGUGGCACCAAGGGAGACCCCCGCAAUGGCCAGCCCACCAAAGAUAGUCUCCAGAGUCUACAGCCUCUCAAAGAGAAGGAGAAGAGCCGGAAGAAACCCGUGCGGGGCCUGGGCAGUGGGGACACUGUAGACUCAUCCAUCUUCAGGAAACUGAGGAGCAGUAAGCCCGAGGGGGAAGUGGGGCGGCCUCUGGGAGAGACUGAGGAAAGUCGAAGCCCCCCAGAAGCCAGCAGACCAUGGGUCUGCCAAAAGAGCUUUGCCCAUUUUGAUGUGCAGAGCAUGCUGUUUGACCUCAACGAGGCAGCUGCCAACAGGGUGUCCGUGGCCCAGAGGCGCAACACCACCACUGGGGCCUCAGCGGCCUCAGCAGCCUCAGCCAUGGUGACGCUCACAGCAUCACGAGCCCACAGCCUGGGGACUCUGGACCCAGCCUUCACCAGCACGGAGGAUUUGAACUGCAAAGAGAACCUGGAGCAGGACCUGGGGGACGACAAUAGCAACGACCUGCUACUUAGCUGCCCGCACUUCCGCAAUGAGAUCGGCGGGGAGCGAGAGCGCAACGUCAGCUUCUCCCGGGCCUCCGUGGGUUCCCUGGGGGGCAGCAGCGAGGCCCACAUGGCUGAGCCCACCCUGAGCACCCACCGUACAAAUGCCAGCAUCUCGGUGCUGGAGGUGCCCAAGGAGCAGCAGAGGACACAGAGCCGGCCCAGGCAGUACAGCAUCGAGCACGUAGACCUGGGCGCUCGCUACUACCAGGACUACUUUGUGGGCAAAGAGCAUGCCAAUUACUUUGGCGUGGAUGAAAAGCUGGGGCCGGUGGCCGUGAGCAUCAAGCGGGAGAAGCUGGAGGAUCAUAAGGACCACGGACCUCAGUACCAGUACAGGAUCAUCUUCCGGACUCGUGAGCUCAUCACACUUCGGGGCUCCAUUCUCGAGGAUGCCACUCCUACGGCCACCAAGCACGGGACAGGGCGGGGCCUACCCCUGAAGGAUGCUCUGGAGUACGUCAUCCCAGAGCUCAACAUCCAUUGCUUGCGUCUGGCUCUCAACACUCCCAAAGUCACAGAGCAGCUGCUGAAGCUCGAUGAGCAAGGGCUGUGCCGCAAGCACAAGGUCGGCAUCCUGUACUGCAAGGCGGGCCAGAGCUCAGAGGAGGAGAUGUACAACAACGAGGAAGCCGGCCCUGCCUUCGAGGAGUUCCUGGACCUCUUGGGCGACAAAGUCUGUCUGAAGGGCUUCACCAAGUAUGCCGCCCAGCUGGAUGUCAAGACGGACUCCACGGGGACCCACUCCCUCUACACGACGUACCAGGACUACGAGAUCAUGUUCCACGUCUCCACCCUGCUCCCUUACACUCCCAACAACAGGCAGCAGCUGCUGAGGAAGAGGCACAUAGGGAAUGACAUCGUGACGAUCAUCUUCCAGGAGCCCGGCGCCUUACCUUUCACCCCUAAGAACAUCCGCUCGCACUUCCAGCACGUCUUCAUCAUCGUCCGAGUCCACAACCCCUGCACUGAGAAUGUCUGCUAUAGGUACGGCUGCCAGCAUCCCGGCCACCACAGCCAGGUGAUGACCAACGGCUGGGAGACAGUGGAUAUGACCCUGCGGCGGAAUGGGCUGGGGCAGCUGGGCUUCCACGUGAAGUACGAUGGCACGGUGGCUGAAGUGGAGGACUAUGGGUUUGCCUGGCAGGCUGGCCUCCGGCAAGGCAGCCGGUUGGUAGAGAUCUGCAAGGUGGCUGUGGUGACACUAAGCCAUGACCAGAUGAUCGACCUGCUGCGCACCUCCGUCACUGUGAAGGUGGUCAUCAUCCCACCCUUUGAAGACGGCACUCCACGAAGGGGGUGGCCAGAGACCUAUGAUAUGAAUACUUCGGAACCCAAGACAGAGUCGGAAACCACCACCCCUGGGAGCCGACCCCCCUACCGCAACAAUGCUCCCUGGCAGUGGAGUGGGCCUGCCUCCCACAACUCUCUGCCGGCCACCAAAUGGACCACCCCUGCCACUCCCGGCCAUGCCCAGUCCCUGAGCCGACUCCCGAAGCAGACACCCGUGGUACCCUUCCGAGAGUCUCAGCCACUGCACAGCAAGAGGCCUGUCAGUUUCCCAGAAACACCUUUUGCAGCGUCACCAGCAGGGGCCGACAGAGUCCCUCCCUACCGACAGCCUUCUGGGAGCUUCUCCACCCCAGGCUCUGCCACCUACGCAAGAUACAAGCCUUCUCCUGAAAGGUAUGCAGCUGCCCCACACCCUCUGCUGUCAUUUGACCCUCACUUUAUGCAUGAUGGGAUGUCCAGCGGUGACUCCUCAUCAGGUGGCCUGACCAGCCAGGAGAGCACCAUGGAGCGCCCAAAACCAGAGCCUCUGUGGCACGUGCCGGCCCAGGCCAGGCUCUCCGCCAUGACUGGAAGCAUUGGCAGCAAGCAUCCCUCCAGGCAGGACGCAGCUGGCAAAGAUUCUCCCAAUAGGCAUUCCAAAGGCGAACCUCAGUACUCCAGCCAUUCCAGCAGCAACACCCUCUCCAGCAACGCCUCCAGCAGCCAUAGUGAUGACCGAUGGUUCGACCCCCUGGACCCCCUGGAGCCAGAGCAGGACCCCUUCUCCAAGGGAGGUUCGAGUGACAGUGGCAUCGAUACCACGCUCUACACCUCCAGCCCCAGUUGCAUGUCCCUAGCCAAAGCACCAAGGCCCACCAAGCCACACAAGCCCCCUGGAAAUAUAGGUCUUUGUGGCGGGGGCCGAGAGUCGGCCGGGAGACCCCACCCUGUGGACAGACGGCGGGAAGUAUCCCCUGCACCUGUGGUGGCCGGCCAGAACAAGGGCUACCGGCCGAAGCUGUACUCCUCGGGCUCUUGCACUCCUCCAGGCCUGGUGGGGGGCAGCCGAGACCCACCAAGGCAACCCAGUGACAUGGGCUCCAGGGCCGGCUACCCCACUCAGGUUUACAAAACAGCUAGUGCAGAGACUCCCCGGCCCUCCCAGCUCUCUCAGUGCAGCCCCUUCCAGCUCUCCACCUCCGUCCCCAAGUCUUUCUUCUCCAAGCAGCCUGCACACAACAAGCAUUCAACAGGAUGGAAGAGGACAGACGAGCCCCCACCACGGCCACUCCCCUUCACUGACAGCAAGAAGCAGGUGGACACCAACGCAAAGAACGUCUUUGGUCAGCCACGGUUGAGGGCAUCCCUGCGAGACCUCCGGUCCCCACGGAAGAACUACAAGUCGACCAUCGAGGACGACCUGAAGAAGCUCAUCGUCAUGGACAACCUGGGGCCAGAGCAGGAGCGGGACCCAGGGCAGUCCCCCCAGAAGAGCCUGCAGCGGACACUGUCAGAUGAGAGCCUGUGUAGUGGGCGCCGGGAACCCAGCUUUGCCAGCCCUGCCAGCCUGGAGCCCGGCCUGCCCAGCGAUGUGCUCUUCACCAGCACCUGCACCUUCCCCUCCAGCACACUGCCCGCCCGCCGCCAGCACCAGCACCAGCACGCCCACCCACCCAGCGGGGCACCCAGCACCACUCCAGCCACUGGCAAUGGCUUCCCAGAGAAGAAAUCUGCCAUCUCAGCCUCGGAGCUCUCACUGGCUGACGGACGGGACCGGCCUCUGAGGCGACUUGACCCUGGGAUGAUGCCACUACCGGACACGGCCGCUGGUCUUGAGUGGUCCAGCCUGGUGAAUGCUGCCAAGGCCUACGAAGUGCAAAGAGCUGUGUCACUCUUCUCUCUGAACGACCCAGCCCUGAGCCCAGAGAUCCCUCCUGCACACAGCCCUGUGCACAGCCAUCUGAGCCUGGAGCGGGGCCCCCAGACUCCAAGAGCCACUCCCACCAUGAGCGAGGAGUCACCCCUGGAUCUGACAGGCAAGGUGUACCAGCUGGAGGUGAUGCUGAAGCAGCUGCACACGGACCUGCAGAAGGAGAAGCAGGACAAGGUGGUGCUGCAGUCAGAGGUGGCCAGCCUGCGGCAGAACAAUCAGCGACUGCAGGAGGAGUCGCAGGCCGCCAGUGAACAGCUGCGCAAGUUUGCAGAGCUCUUCAGCAGGGAGAAGAAGGAGCUCUGAGUGCCCCUGGGUCACCCCAGACCGCCCUGGCUGGCAGGCAGUGGGCUUCUGGUUGCAGGGGUGACAGGUCAUCCAGCCAUAGCCCCGCACCCACUGCCCUGCAACCUUCCUUUAGGGACUCGGGGACGCCGGGCACUAGUCUCAGGCCUCUCUCAGCUGCUCUCUGCCGCCUUGCAGGCCACAGGAGCGCCCAGUCCUAGGACCCAGCUGCCUGGAGCUGUGUCGGUGGGAGGGGCCCAAGAGCCCCUGCAUGAGAACUAUGGAACGAAGUGAGCCCUUUCUUUCCCCACUCCCUGACAGUCCAGGGCUCCUCUAUCCCCAGUGUACUGGCUCCAGGUAGCAUGGACAUCACCCUCCGAGUCCCCCUUCCACACAGCAGCCAGGAGCACUUUCAUAGAGUUUAAAUUAUUUUCCUGGGGCCCCAGAAUGGACAGGACCCAUUAGCACCCAGAUCCACUCCUUUGAGAAACCCUAUUUGUACAGCUAGGACUGUUUAUAUGAUCUUUUUUAUCAGCUUCUCUCCAAGCAGCCGCAGGCCCCUCUGCCUUGGAGCUACUGAUCUGGCCAGCCAUGGGAUCCUCCUCUAGGACAACGAGGCCAUUGCCCCCUACGCCAGCGGCUUUGAGGAGCCUGAGGACAGGGCUGAGGCAGAGCCUUCACCCCCUGUAUGGUUGUCUUUUCUUUUACAAGUCUCCCUGGCCACACUCCAUCCCCCAGUGGCCACCAGACACGCUCACUGUGCUCCCCGGGGAGCACUCACAGUGCAGCCCCCAGCCCCCAGAGAUUCUCCAAAGGCAAUAAGGGGCAGCUCAGUGUGGAUCCACGCUGCUCACCCAGGAAACACAAAUCCCCCUCCCCCUUUUUUUCCUUCUUUAAAAACAAACAGAAAAGAAUAUAUAUAUAUAUAUUUAUUUUUUCAUGUAGAGUUGUGCCGGAACACGUUUGAAUGGCCACAGUCUGUGGAUUUCCCCAAACCCUGUGGGCUGGAGGUCAAUGCGAGGACUCAGAGGGAUGUGGGGGCAGCAGGCGGCACAGUUGGCAGCGUAGAUUGGACCCAGAGCCAUAACUAGAUGGCCCAGCCCUCAGAUCAGGACUCAUCACUUCUCUUUGGGCCCACGACCACACACAACAGGCACUCUGCUCCCGAUGGGCCAGGCUGAAGGGCAGGGCUUGAGGAAAGGGUACCCAGAGCUCCCUGUGACCUGCCUCUGACCCUGGGGUCCCCCUGGUUGUGAGGGAGCAGCCUGCCAUGCCCUCCACUCACCAUGGAAUGAUGGUGGCAAACCAGACCACCCAGUGUCCUGAACCCUGGCCAGCUACUGUGAUGUCUGUCUCCUGAUCACCUUUCUAAAGGGUUCUCCAGCCCCUCCCCCUUCCUCUCCUCUCAGAACCCAACCUGGAGCCCCUCCCCCUCCCCCCAACCCCCUCCCUUCAUUUCUUUCUUUAAUGUGUCUUCUCAUAUCUUCAGACCAUUCGAAUCAUUUUGGGGACCUAAUCAUGUACAUUGACAGUUGUAAAUUAUAAUUUUUGGUUUUGUUCUAUUAUUUUUGUAAGAAUUCCUGCAAAAAAAAUUAUUUAAUUUGAGGUUGAUACUCUGUGUAAUGACUGGAGAUAGCAGGGUUUUUUUUCCAUGUUGAUUUAUUCCAUUUGGAUUUUUGUUUUAAUCAUUCUUUAUUGUCUUUUCCUCCCCCUCUUCCCAUCCCUGUCUUGAGAUUUCUGGCAUGUUUCAGGAGGUUUCAAAGGAAAUAAACGUUUCAUAGAAAUA